AUGCACAACGAGGAGGAUCCCUCCGCUCCGGUGGCCGGCAGCCACUCGGAUUCGGUACGGAGUCCACCGCCGCCGGCCAUAGCUCCCCGACGCCCCAAGCCAGGCAUUUUGCGCCUGGACAUUGGCAAGCCACGACGCUCAUCAGGUGGUUCCGUCGAUUUCCGUUGCGUGGGCACCAGCAGCACCACCACGGCCAGUGGCAAUGGCAGCGGCAACGACAGCAACGUGGCCACUGGCGCCAACAGUGAGAACAACUCGGGCGUCACAUCGCCGCACCAACUAUCCGUGACCUGGGCACCGCCAUGCGACUUGAAUAGAGGCGGCGAUUCCUGGCAAAUGCAGAGUAGCGCCGAUGCCAAGAGGGAAUUCUACCGAGGACAAAGAGGCAGGAGAACCGCAUCACAGGAGGAGCAUAGAUCUUACGAGAUAAACGAUUUUCCAUCACAAAACCAAAGCAGCGACGCCGAGAGCAGCCACCACGAACCGCAUUUUGGCCAGCAUCCGCCAGGAAUUGGAUCCGAGGAUGGCGGCCCCGGCGACGUCGACGAUGAGGAGGACUACUCAAUUUCCGUAUCGGCAAUAAUGCAAAGACGUGCCAGUGUGCGCGGCUAUCGAGGCAAACGUGGCAGCCGGAGCUCGCGACGAGCAUCCAGUCCCAUGGAUCACGUGCUGGAUAGCGUGGAGCGGCGGCGCUCCAGUGUCUAUACGACAAGUUCAGAGGAGGGCACCAAUCAGGAGUCCACGCAGGAGCAAAUCUUUGAGAACAUUCGCCUGCACAAGGAGGUCAUACAGUCGGUGAAGUUACAGCCAUGGCCCAUACGAAAGAAGCUCAAGUUGGUGCGGCAGGCCAAAACAUAUGUGGCACGCCACGAGGGCGCGCUACAGGAACGCUUCGCCAUGUCACGCAGCACGAGGGACUUGUGGGCGAGGUUUAAAAUUUUAAUGGCGGCACGCUGGCGACACUGGAAACGGGAGACGACCAGCUUCCUCACCGUCCUCAUACCCUGGGAGCUGCGCAUCAAGGAGAUCGAGUCGCACUUCGGCUCUGGCGUGGCCUCCUACUUCACCUUCCUGCGAUGGCUCAUGUGGGUCAACAUCAUGAUUGCCAUUCCGCUGGUGGCCUUUGUCAUCGGCCCGGAGUACUUUGCCACCAAAAAGGACGAAACGGAUCCCAGAAAGCAAAUGUCCGACCCGGAGAAGAGAGUGGCCGGCAAUCUGUUUACAUUCUGGGAGUUUGAAGGAUACCUCAAAUAUUCACCCAUGUUUUAUGGCUACUAUUCAAGCACAUCCGGCAUUAGCACGUUCGGAUAUAAGCUGCCCUUAGCCUAUUUCCUCACCGCCGUUCUGGUCUAUAUCUACAGCUUUGUGGCGACGCUGAGAAAAAUGGCGGAGAACUCCCGCAACUCGAAACUUUCCUCGAAGGACGACGAGUGCGUCUUCUCGUGGAAGCUCUUCACCGGCUGGGACUUUAUGAUUGGACACGCGGAGACGGCCCACAACCGUAUCGCAUCCGUGGUAGUCGGCUUCAAGGAGGCACUUCUCGAGGAGGCCGAGAAGAAGAAGGAUAAUCGCAACUGGCGAGUUAUUCUCCAGAGGAUACUGGUCAACAUCCUGGUGAUGGGACUGCUCGGAUUGUCGGGGGCCACUGUGGUGUUGCUGGUCAAUCACUCUGAAGAUUUGGCCAAGCACGACAACUGGCUAAGUCGCAAUGCUGUGAACGUGACCAUGACCCUUCUAUCAUUCUUCCUGCCAAUGAUAUUUGAAGCACUCGGACUCUUCGAGAACUGGCAUCCCAGGCAGCAGCUGCGACUGCAAUUGGCGCGGAUUAUGAUUCUUAACAUGCUGAACUUGUACUCGCUGAUGUUCUCCUUCAUCUACAAGAUCAACAGCAAGGAGAAGCCGCUGCAGAUGCUGAAGCUGGAGAAUGAGACGAACACUAUGGAGCUGAGAAAUCUGCUGAGCUCCAUCGAGGCUCUAAGAGCCAUGACGCCCACGACAUCGCUGUAUAGCGACAGUACCUCGGAGGGAGGCGGUGGUUUGUUCGAUGAGUCCACCUCGACCACCGGUUGGGGUGAGGACACCACCACCGAUGGCCUCUUCUCCACAACGGCAGCUGCUGCAGCCUUAAUCUCCGGCACCUUGCAGCGCCUCAAGUGCUACAACAUGACUGUGAAAUGCUCAAAGCCCAGACGCACCUUCAUCAGUGCAAAGAACCUGGCCACAACGCUGAUGCUCCUCAACCUGACAACGCCAUCGAUGGUGCCGUCCAGCACUACGCCGCUGCCCACCACCUUACCCACGACAACGCCUACGAGUUCGGUGACUUGGACUACAACAGAGGCAACAACUACGACCACUACGUCGCCUUGGACCACUCUGCCACCCUCGACGAUUACAUCCACGGAAACUACAACAACGACUGAGAAGACAACGACCAGGACAACUGAAGCAUCAAUCACAUCCACGGUAUUAACAAGUCCUCCAACCACAAAUGUGGAAACUUCCAAGAUAGUAACUCCUGAAGCAACAACUAAUAAAGCAACUUCAAAGUCCACAACUCCCGAGGAAACAACUAACAAAGGAACUCCAAAAUUUACUACAAGUAAAGCAACUCCUGAAGCCUCUUCAAGUACAGUAGGAAUCCCCAAAAAUGCCACCACUGAACCACCUACGAACACAACAAAAUCCACAACAACCACAACCACGGAGGCACCCAAACCCGAAGAGGAUAACUUUUUCUAUACCACCGACGAAGAUGAGGGUUCCUACGACUAUGGCGAGGUCUCCGCAUCUUCAGAUGCUCCAGAGAACAACAACAGCUAUUCCGAUUACACGGACUACUCAGCGGAUCCUUCAGCAGGACCAGAAAUCGACGAUUUUGAUGACCAGGACACCACUGAACAGGCAGACGAUCCGCUGGCCAAGGUUCUGGAGCAGGUGGACGAGGUACAAGAGAAUAAGACACGCCGGAAAAGAGCACUAGAUGAUCCGCCCAUUUGGCGGACAAGCAAGUACAGUAGGCGCCAUCGCACCGACACCGACACUAGUGGUGUUGGCAGGACUACGGAUGCUGUGAAUACUCCACCCCCCACCCGAUUGCCCGUUUACUGGCCACCCUACAGGCCAACCACGCCGAGCACAACUACAACAAGGAAGCCGGCUCACAGAAUUAUCACGAAAGAGGAAUGGGAGAAUCUCGUGAGACCGUUUGCACGCCGAGUCACACCCACAACGAGUUCCACUACGACCAAGGAAACCACCACCCGGCGACCCAGGAGAAGAUUCCGUACCACAACGCCACAGCAGCUGUCAAGCUCCACCGGGGAUUACUCAUCAACCACGGAGAGUGCCAGUGAGUCGACGUAUCCGGAGAGCAGCACCUACGGCUAUGGAAGUAGCAGCAGCAGCAGCUCAACCCCCGCCGAGGAGGAGGACUACGGCUUCACGGAUCGUAAUGGCAAAACGCCGUACUUCAUCGGCUACGGGGAUAUAGCCGAGAUUGGCAGCACCAUUUACUAUGACAGCGAGGACGGCGAGCACCUGGAAACGUGCAUUAUAACCGUGUGUCCCAGCCGCGACGACAUCUUUGGCACGGGCUUCAGCACCACCGAAAGCCCAGAUUCCGGUGGUUCCACCCCAAGUGCCGACAGCAAGCAGCUAACCACCGUGAAGCUCACGCCGCUGGAGCGGAAGCAGAAGCGACUCCGGGAGGUGCAGCUGGCGAUUAAGCAAAUACAAACCAAUCUGACGACCAUGUGCUGGGAGACCUCCCUGGGCCAGGAGCUGUCGAAAGUCAUCGUCUUCGAUGGGCUAAUGUCCAUUGUGGCCCCGCUGUGCAUCGACUUUCUGCGCGCCCUGUUCGUGCGGUAUGUCAAUCAAAACUGGUGCUGGGACAUGGAGAAGACCUUUCCGCAGUAUGGCGACUUCAAGAUAGCCGAGAACAUCCUGACGUUGAUUAAUAACCAGGGACAGGUGUGGAUGGGCAUCUUCUUCUCGCCGGGCUUGGUCCUCAUCAACCUGGUCAAAUUGAUGAUCAUGAUGUACUUCCGCUCCUGGAUAGUGCUCACCUGCAAUGUGCCACACGAGGUGGUGUUCAAGGCCUCCAAGUCAAACAACUUCUACCUGUCGCUGCUGCUGACCAUGCUGUUCCUGUGCGUGCUGCCCGUCGGCUAUGCCAUAGUGUGGCUGCGUCCCUCCUGGCACUGUGGACCCUUCUCGGAGUACAACCGGAUAGCGGAGUUUAUCACGAACACCACGAGAAAUGCGCUGCCAAAACAACUCCACGAGCCCCUGGACUACCUGACCUCCUCGAGCACAGUGAUUCCCCUGCUUCUGCUGCUCAUCCUCAUCAUCUACUACUUGGUAUCCCUAACUGGCGCCCUGCGUGAGGCCAACCAGGAUCUAAGGACACAGCUGCAAAAGGAACGCGAGGAGGAGCGCAAGAAGAUCUUCAAGGUUCCAGAGGUGAAGCAGGCAGAGCCCACGGCCACCACGCUCACGAAUCGCUGGCGAAAGGUACUAGAGGCAUCCUCUCCGGUGACACCCACCCAGCCACCGGACUUUGAUACGGAGGAGUACAAAAACCAAGCGAGGAAAGAGCUAAUCUCCCGCAUCAUGAAGAAGGCCCUGCGCAAGGGCUCCGCCACCUCAGACGAGGACUCCUUUGUGCGGCGCGAUGACGACGACACGGACACGGAGCAUCAGGACUCGCUGCCCCACGACGAAGAGGCCAAGGAUAAAAGAUUCGGUCUGUCGCGACUGCAGCAGAUUCGGCGCACCAGGAAGCCCUCCCUCGUGGACAUCGUACAGAUAGCCAAGCAGGAGCGGGCAAGAGCCGGCUCCAUUGUGGCGGGAACCAGCGGAAGCGGCGGCGGUGGUGGUGGCAACUUUCCGGUAAAGGAACCCCAUCCCAAGAGUCGCUUCAAAGUGGAGAAAUCCGAGCGCAAGGACCGCGGCAGCAUGAAAGAGAAAAAGGACAUCAGACACAAGCAGCAGCCGCAGCAACCGCCGCCCUACGAAUUGCCCAAGGACAAUGAACAUGAUCCGGAUACAAACUCAAGGAUUGUCAGCGAGCGCCGCGCCAGCCUUCUGCUGCGACGUGGCGAAGAGCCCACCACCCCGGACAAGGACCUCCCGCCGACGCCCACCGCAGCCGAGGACUCGCCCAAGGAGCAACAGACACCGGAAGAAGCCUCACCCCAAACGCCGCCUACGCUGGCCAAAAGCAAAUUCCAAAUAGUCGACGAAAAGAGGCCGCCGCAGGAGGCGGAGGAUAAACCCGCUCCCAAGGAGAAUGGAGCCGGAGGAGGAGGAGGCCUAGAAGCCAUCGGUCUGGGCAAAUUCAAGUUCCGCAAGCACCGAUUCAAGUCAAACAAUGCGGGGGCCAAACCAGAGCCCGAAGUGUUCAAGUUCGAUGAGCGCAGUGUGGAAAGGAGCUCCGAAGUGCCCGCCACUCCGGGAGCCGAGUCGGAGCCGGAACCCUCUCCCUCGCCCACGCCUUCGCCCACUCCCAGCCAGGGACAGAGCCAGAGUCAGGGCCACCACCAGCGCCAGUUGUCGGUUCUGUCCCGCCAGGGACGCAAGAAGAUCGGCAAUCUGCUGGCCCUGGUCCGCGAGGCGGUCAACCUCAAGAAGGACGACGUGGAGCAGGGCUCGGAUGAGUCUCCGGGACCCACCACGCCCACCUACCUGGCCUACACCCCGCCGCCACCGCCCUCAGUAUUGUCGAGUGUGUCCAGUUCGACCGCUCUGGAGAUGCCGCCCACACCGGAGCCGGAAUCCCCGACGCCCAGUGCUCCGCUGCACUUUGGCAGCAGCACCGCCUCUUCUUCCUCGCGGCCGCCAUCAAAGCCACCGAAGCCCCCAAAGCCACCAUCGUCGGCCACGGCUCCCACGGCCACCAUGGACGACCUAGAGGAACUGGAUAUGCCCGGUCCCAUCACCUUUCCCAGGCGCAGCGCCUCCCAGCGACGUCGCACCAUGCGACAGGACUCGCAGAGCUCCAUUUGGUCGGACAACAUACCCACAAUCACCAUCAGCACCACCGGCAGCGAUGAGUGCAUCGUGGAUGCUGCUGCCGCCACUCUGCAGAACGGACAGCCCGAGCCGGCAGCCAGCUCCUCGUCGCCGAGGCCCACGGUUAACAUAAUCAAAGUAACCAUCGAGGAUGAGCAGGAGAAGUGA